AUGGAUUACCAUGCAGGUGAGGAGUUCUCUGGGGAGCUCGAUGCUGCGUUGAGGAAGUCCUGGUCGGAGUCCCAGCGUGAAGUGUCUGUAGGAGAUGACCAGGAAGUGCAGGAGUUCUUCAAGAACGGCGGACGUGUUGGGAAUGCUCUGUCGGGUAUAAUUGCGUCACCUAUUGGCACGCCGAGCAAUAUGUCCCAGUAUGAGAUGGAUAUGGAUACGGAGUCUGACGUUGCUACCACUAGCUCUGCUGUGCCACAAGAAUCAUCUGCCAUAGAUGUGAGGAGGGAUAACGAAGGGGCGCCUGUCUUCAAUCAGAAUAUGGGCACAGUGAUAAUGAGAAACACCUUUGAUGAAACGAGGCAUAGUCCUAGUCCGCACUCGUCGGCAUUGCAUAACGAUUUACAUAUGACUCAAAUUAGGGAUUUAUCACAAAAUACCACUAACGACCCUCAGUCUCAUAUGAAUUAUAGUACUAAUAUUCCGGAAAAUACCAUGAGAGUCACAAAGGAGGACUCUCAUGAACAAAACUCACACCAUGGAAGGAAACCUCGUAAAAGCAGGCAUUCACACGGAUCUGACUCAUCACAACAGGACACAGAUUAUCAGAUUUUCAAGCACCAUUAUUCGAUCCCUGAGAAUAAGAAAGAAUCCGUGAGUAAUAUCUUAAACGAUUUGAACUUGGGCUCCUCCACGGAUAGCUCAGAUAUCAACGGCUCAGGAAUUGAUUCAAAGAGAAGUUCUAAUAGCAUAUCUACCGCGAGAAGAAGUUCUGUGAAAGAUAUUCAAUGGAUGAGACAACUUUUGAACCCAAGAAGCUCUUUCUCGGGUACUUCUGGAAAUGAACCCUCAAUUGCCAACCCUAGGAAUGGAUCUGUAGAGACAAGAUCCAGUUACACAUCUACAAGCUCAAACGGAAGUAUAUCAGAGAGCAGUAAAUGCUGGGUGACUGUUAUUGAUAAUGAUUCGAUGGUGCCAGCAGUAGUGGUUUUACAAAGAAGUUUACAAAGAUGUGGAUCAAAGUAUGAGCUUGUUGUUUUGCAUCCAAGUUCAUAUAACCCGGAACAUCUUCAUGAAUAUGGUGUGCGUACUACUGUUGCAUUCAAUCAGUGCAUGCCUCCAUUUCUACUGAUGACUCAGGAUAACAGCAACCGGAGUAUCGACGUUGACUUAAAUCUAGUUCACUCAAACUGGAAUAAGCUAUCGAUUUUCACAAGUCUUGUUGGUACAUAUGAUCUCAUCUGUUACAUUUCUCCUUCUUGCAUGAUAUUGCAGAGCAUUGACGACCUGCUGGAUAGCAAGGAGAUAUUUGACGAGAUAGAUAACGAAAUGUGUGUGUUAUUGACCAACCAGGAUAGUCAAAAUCCGAACUCUAAUGACCCCCAGAUUAUAAUAUUCAAACCCAACAAUGAGGUUUCACUAUGUAUAAAAGAAUUCUUCACGAUAUAUGGUGACGACAAAGAAGAUAAAAUAAACAAAAGCCUCAGAUUGAAGGACUUGGGUGUUUUGAAGGAGCUUUUUGGUGAAACAUGGGGGUAUAUAUCCUCAGAUAACUACUGCCGAACGCUAAUGCAAGACGAAGCGUGUCCCACUAACGGUGCCAUGCGCAUAAUAGAUUUCAAGGCGCUAAAGCCCUGGGAGCACAUGAAGGAGCUAGAGAACAUCGGUCAGGAGUCGCUAUGUCAUAAAUGGUGGUCCUUUUUCUCUACACAAAUAUAG